GGAUGUAGUUGCCUAGCUUGGUCUUGGCCAAUCAGAGACUAGAGGCGUUUUAGUGCGGCGUUUGAAUUUUUAGCCAGAAGUUUCAAGGCUAGAGUCGGCUAGAUCGUGAAAUAAAGCUUAAAAUAAAGUUCAGAAGUAGCACUUAACGAUUGUGUAAAUCUCAUCGGAGAUCUGCGGCGGAAGGACAGGAUGAGGAAGAGUGAGAUCCACGCUGCAGAGUCUGUAUCAUGUCUGAACAAGGCUCUCAAUGAGCUGAAGGACAUCUGGGAGGAGAUAGGGAUCCCGGAAGACCAGAGGCUGCAGCGCACCGACGCCGUUCACAUGCACAUCAAGAAACUGCUGGACAUGAUGAUCGCAGAGGAGGAGUGCUUGAAGAAACGCUUGCUGAGUAGUAUCGAAACAUGCAGAAAAGAGGUGGCCAGCCUGUGUAAUGAACUUCAGGUGCAGGAGUAUCAGGAGGAAGACGGUCUUACGAUGCUGCAGUUGGAGAAGGAUCUCCGUACACAGGUCAAAAUGAUGCUAAAAGAGAAAAGUGCUCGUCAGAGCGAGCUGAAAUCUCUGAUUCAGCAUGAUCAAGAUCUGUGUGACAUCCUGUGUGAUGACCUCUUCCCCAUCCAUGCCGAACGAGUGCCGUCACAACAGCAGCUGCAGAACUACAGACAACACAUCAACACCCGCAACCAGGAGAAGGAGCGUCGUCAUGCCGAGUUUGUGGAAAUGAAGCGUCAGAUCACAGUGUUGAUGGAGGAUUUGGAACAGCAUCCUGACACCUCCUUUGAGAAAGACGCUGUGUGUGAAGAUGAAGACGCUUUCUGCCUUUCUGUGGAAAACCUCAGCUCACUGAAAGUGUUACUGCACCAGCUGGACAGCCGUAAAGCUGAAAGUGAAGCACUGUGUGUGUCCAUCCGUGGUCGUAUUGCGGAGCUGUGGGAGAUGUUGCAGAUUCCUGAGGAAGAAAGAGAGAGAGAGAGUCUCAUGCAGAACACCCACACUAGCACAAAGAGCAGAUUGAAUGCACUGCAGGCAGCGCUUCAGCGAUUGGAGGAGCUGAAAAAGAAAAGCAUUGAGCGUGUUAUUCACACAAUCCGAUCGGAGAUUGUCAAGUUUUGGGAGAAAUGUUAUUACAGCCCGGAGCAGAGACAAGCCUUCACUCCCUACCACAGUGAUGAUCUGGAUGAGGAGGUGUUGCGUGAACAUGAGCUGGAGUUGGAACGACUGAAGCAGGAUUAUGCCGAGCACAGCGAGCUGUAUGACGCCAUUUCCACCUGGAGCAGCAACUGGACUCUUUAUCAGGAACUGGAGAAAAAAGCCACAGACCCCUCUCGCUUUAACAACAGAGGGGGAAACCUGCUGAAGGAGGAGAAACAGAGAGUCGACCUGCAGAAGAGUUUGCCGAAGCUGGAGAAGAGUCUGAAGGCUCAGAUUGACCAAUGGGAAGCGACGCACUGUAAAGAGUUUCAUGGGAACGGGCAGCCGUUCCUGCAGUAUGUGGAAGACCAGUGGAAUCGACACCAUAUGGAGAAAGAGAGAGAAAAACAGGAACGGCAAAUGAAGAAAAUUAAGCAGACGGAGGAAGAUCUGCUGUACGGCACCAUCAUCAGAACCCCAACCAAGAGAAGACUCGCUGGAACCCCGACACCUGGAAAAGCACGCAAGCUGACAUCACGCAUGUGUAGCUCCACCCCAAACACGACUCUCCGUUCCAUAUGCUCCUCCCCUUCUUUGAGACCGCCCCUUUCCUCCAGCAAGUUGUGUGCACGGACACCUGCCCGUGGCCGAACCCCUCGUGGUCUGGAGAGGAACAAGGAGAAUAUCUCCCAUCUGAGCGGAGCUUUGCACACGAUGGCCGCCAGCCCUCAAAUAAAUUACUCCAUUACAUCCGUGGCCUCCUCCUACUCCGAGUUUGCGAAGGACUCUGAAUCCACUACAGCGUCCAGUUUCUGA